GAAUCCAGUGACUCAACAAUGAGAAUCUCUCUGCAGACUUCACACACUCUUCAACCUGAACACACUCUGUUCAUUUGUGUCUGCAGGAUCAACUGUGUUUGAGUACUCUCGAGUCGUUCGUUGAACUGAAAAAUCGUUGUGAAAAUUGUAUUGCCGCUUUGGCAGUUAAACCUGUUCUGUAUUUUGAUAUACAGCAACAAAAUAUCCAUGGAGUUUCUAGAAGGAAGCAGAGGCAUCUACAGACCCAUCAGGGUGUUGUUCGACACGCCCAUAUAUGAGCGGGCUCUGCAGACCUGCUGGCACAUCGGCUCUUAUAAGUGUCAGAUCGCACUGCUGACUGAACUUUUGAGGCUUCAGCAGAAAAACCAGCUCCCAUCUGAGGUGACUGCUGAAGAUAUGACUGAGCUGCUGGUGGAGCAGAGUAAAAGCACACUGAGAGUGCAGCUCUGGGAGUUUGAACUGGAGGACUUUGAGGAGAAUGAGGCCAGGCCUCUUCUCAAGCUGGCGUGGGAGGUGAACACCAGCAUGAAGAUGAGGGACGUUGAGUUUGAAGCCAGAAGGCUGCUCAGCUCACCAGAGGCCGCCCCUCCUCAGUUUCAACAUCCCAAGAUCAUCAGCCAGGCUCAGAAGUACGCCAGGAGCCUGACAGAGCAGCAGCAGGAGGCCCCCAGCUCCAAACUGCUCGGCCCACGGGAGGUGGUGAUGGAGGUGGUUCCAAAAGUCCUGCAGGGCUUCUGGUUGCCUCCUCCAAACACCUCCUUCAACAUGCCCUCCCAGCAGCUCAGUGAAAUGGCUGUUGGAGUCACAAAAGCAGUUGAGGACCGGGUCUCCACUGCUCUGUCCUCCAUGCUCCGUCAGGUCGCCUUCUCCCGCUCCAUCAGAGACAACAUGGUCCUGUCUAUCCAGGAAAGGGUGAGACAGGGUCACACUCGUGACGUCCUGGUGAAGAGGCUCAACUGCUUCGCAGCAGAGGUGCUGAACACCAUCAGUGAUGCUGCAGCCAGAGAGAUCUGUGUGCUGUUUCAGCCUCACACAAAAGUGUCUGUAAAUAUGAACACUAGAAAGGAUUGCAUCCAGCCAGCAGACGUGGUGGAUGGUGCAGAGGCCAGAGCCAGCCCUGCUGAAGAUGUGAGUGAGGAGCCUGGUCUGGAGGAGGACACUGAACCAAUCAGAGAACCAGACUCUGCUGUCAUUACUCCUCCACCAGCUCCUGUGACCCACAGUGCUGAACCUCCUGCCGAUACUGCCAUCCACAAUGGUUUGAACAGCAAACUGGAUGAAGCAGUGGAACGGCCAAUGCCUCGCCUAGAACGAGACUCUUCUGUGGUUUCAGCUCCACCAGCUGUUCAGACCCCACCUGAUGAAAUUCCUGUCAUCACUGCAGUGCAGGAUGACCUGACCACCAGUGCUGGACCUCCUGCCAAUAUUGCCAACCACAAUGGCUUGAACAGUAGCCUGGAUGAAGCAGAGGAACAGCCAGCACCCAGCCCAGAGACAGACACUGCUGUGGUUCCAGCUCCUCCACCUCCUGUGACCCUCGCUGACGAAGCUCCUGCAAUCACUGCCGUCCAGAGGGGUUUGAUGAUUACCCAGGCUGAACCAGUGCAGCAGCCUGCGCCCCGUCCAGAGACAGACUCUUCUGUUAUUUCCACUCCACCACUUAUUCUGACCCCUCCUGCUGAACCUCCAGUAACUAAUUCAGUCCUGGAUGAUGAGGAUCCCACCAGAGAACCAGACUCUACUGUGGUUCCAGCUCCAUCACCUCCUGUGACCCACACUGCUGAACCUCCAGCCAUCACUAUCACCCAGGGUGAACUAACACAGCUAACCCCUCCAGCUGAAGUCACUGCUUCAGUCCUGGAUGGUGAGGAUACGAGUGAGGAGGCCACUAGAGAACCAAACUCUGCUGUGGUUUCAGCUCCACCAGCUGGUGUCCCCCCACCUAAUGAAGCUCCCGUCAUCAGUGCAGAGCAGGAUGACCUGACCAUCAGCCAGGAUGGGGCCAAAAUGAAGACCGAGGGUAGAAUCCAAGGCGUCUUUGAUUGGUUCAGAAAAACACUCUGCUGCUGUUUCCUGUCUGAAGACACAGACUGAGACGGUUCCUCAGCUGAAUUAUUCCUUUGUUCAUUUUUUUUCACACUGUUCAAAAUAAUAAAUUCAUUGUUACAUUGCA